CGGCAUUUGAAAGCCAUCCUUCUUGAAUUUUCUUUUCUCGUCUUAUCAAGAUUGUUGCCUUGCGCACUCAUCAUUUCUGCCUCAAGUCGAUCUUGAAAAUGCCUGUACUGCUGAAAUUGCAAAUCAGCUACGAUCCUUGAGUUUUGAAGCAGUCACUCUCGCCCCACGACACUGUUGCCUUCGCAUUCCUCCCACUCGCCCCAGAUUCCCGCCUCUUCCUGAGACCCCUUCAUUUCAGAUCCAAAGCCAAUCUCACAUCGCUUUGAGUCACACUGAGUCUGCUUACAUUUCCACGAACCGCGUUCGAUCUCGGGGCGUCCGCCUGUUGGCUACCUAGAAUCCCCCCUUGCAGAAUGACCACCGCCCCUUCCCUCCUGUUCCCUUCCAUCGACACGUCAUCCUUGGACGACAAAAUGGACGUCGCUUCGUCUCCCUAUCGUCAGUCAGAAGACAUUGACAUCGAGCUUGAGUCUGUUCAUGAUCCUUCUGUGAUUGAAGACGACAUGGUUGAUUACAAUCCAGAAUCUUUCCUAGAUUCAGGUGAAGCCAGGCAAGAUCAAGCCGAUAAUGAAUAUCUCGACGACGAUGACAUGUUGGACGACGCCCCUCCCUCUGCGUCAGAACCCUUGGAUUACACCAUGGAUGCCCCUACUAGUCCGUCGCAACAAAAGCAAGACGAAGAUGAAGAUAUCUUGUACGAAGACGACGACGACAAUCUGAUCACCUCUCAUGAUGCUGCAGAAGAAUCUAUCGGACUCGAACAUCUCGAACAUGAGCCUGCUGCCGACGUAGAACACCCCCAACAGGAAGAUCUCGAGGACCUCAUCGAUGUUACUGAGCAAGAUUACCUGUCACCUAAUACUAACCAAGUAGAAGAAGCAACAGCAACCGUCGGCCCCUUGACCACUGCACUUGAAGAUUCCUCAGCUACGGUUGCAACAUCCUUGCCAACUGGAACCAAUCAACCGGCUCAGGAGACCCUGGACACGAAACUACCAGCAGAUGUCCAAAAGUCUGUGGAUGACCUGGAUGCGUCCGUUCCUGAUCCAACAUCCCUCCCGGAGGACCCCGAUUCUGAACUCAACGGCGAGGAAACUGUUACCCUUGCUCAAGAUCCUGGUGACUCCCCGCAAGAUCUGCAUCCAGUGACUGUCGUCUAUUUGGACGAUGAAAUGUCCCUAUUCCCUCCCACCAUCAGCGAUGGCUCCUCGCUGUAUUUUCUCUCCGACACGUCGCUCGCAUUUGAGCCUUUGGACAAACUACUAGCCGCCUGUCGCGAGGUUCUAGUCGGAACCUUGGACCAUCAUGACGAGCUUGUUCUCGAUAUACCCGGACUGGGGCUUCAUAUUUGUGAAGAUUCCAGGUACGCUGCCGAGAUCACGCUUAACCAGGUCCUUGAGGUGUAUCUCAGCUUGUGCCACAACCAGGCAUUAGAGCCAAUCCAUCCUCUCUAUUGCCAACUCAGCAGCCGUGUCAGCCUGGCCUCACAGUACGAGUACCUGGUUGCUUCUGGUGCUGAAGGCAAGUCUUUUGCUGAAAUUGCCGCCGACCAUGUAGAUAGCCCCUUCGAUGACGAAGUCAGUGCACAUCAACCAGGUGCGACUACUCCUGUUCAGGAUGGUUCUGAUGGUGAGCACACUGUUGCUGCAGAAGAAGAAACGGCUGUCCAUAAGGAUGAUGGCCUCCAGCAGUAUGCACAUGACCCAGAACCUAGUCAAUCCACCGCUGAAGAUUCACAAAUCGGCCAAGUUGCAGACAAAGUUCAAGAAGUCGGCGCCCAGAGCGAUGCUGUCGAAGUGAAUGGCGAGAAUGACCAGCCGCAGGAUGGUCCACUUGAUGAGACGGCUGCUGAGUUGGACGUCCAAGGUGCUUCGAGCGACGAACACGUUCAAUUCACCGAGUCUGAUGAACACCAAGGCACCCAUGCCGAUGAGUCAGAGUACCAUGACACCGGCGAGCCCGAAUUUGACGCUGAAGCCGAAGAUGUAUUUGACCCUGAUGUCGACGAUGGCCAAGAUCAAAACGACGCUACUGUCGGCUCCGUGACAGAGGACGGCAUAUAUGACGACGAGGAAUUGUUUGCUGAAGGCGAGGAUGAGACCCUUGUCGCGAACGUAUCAUCGACUCUGGAUCCCCACGAAGCUGCGCAAGAGGUGUCUGCAACCGUUGUCCCUGAUGGCACCGAAGUCACGCCCGCAGAGGCAGAUUUUACACGUCAUAACACAGAGCCAGACGUCAAUCCAACCACAACCGACGGCCUACACGCAGCAACCAACACCACGGCCAGUCCACCCGUCACUCCAUCAAAGAAUAAGCUCGUCAAGAGGAAGGCUGAAGAGGACGAUGAGUUCGAUUUUCUCGAUCUCAGUACACCUGAACCGAAGCGGCGACGGCCUUCUUAGAGGCAUGAUACAGCCAGGAUAUGUCGGGGAUUUCAAUUUUCCAAUUCGAAGUCACGAGCAACACUACCCAGGCCAACAAUGUCGAAUAGCAAGCCGCCGGAACCAAGGAUCUCCACGCUACUAACUGAGCAGGUAUUUGCACCGUAGAAGUUUGGCAACACACAACCCCCCGACCCUGGAAAAGCAUGCGAUCUGUUUUGUCUCCACCACCCCCUGCAGUGACAUUCCCCGUCCCCCAUAUUCAUGUACUAACAACCAGCACUACGACCUUUCAAAAAGUUCAGCCCACACAGCUUGCGCAACAGUCUUUCCAACAACCAUCGUCACCGUCCACUUGUCUCGGCCUUGGGAUGAAAACUUGCCAAGUCUCGACCCCAGGUCGAUGACGCCAGAUUGAUGACCUCAGACACAUAUUGGUGACUGCACUGGUUGGGAGGGUGGGGUGCAGUACACUGUAAGUUUCAUCCAAGGUGCAAGAGCUAGGAAAUACUUGGGGUGAAGGCAAGACAAGCAUCAACAGCGUUUGGCAUGGACUGGGAGCAAUGGUCUCAGGCAAGGUGAUGAUGGACAGGAAGCAGUAGGUGAUUGCUCAUGUCCACAUGGCAUUGCAGAUGCGGAAAUAGAACAGGAGCUCGAUGGAUCAUGACAUCUGUGUCUUGUAUUCUCAUUGACGUUUCAUGUACAUUCCAAGCAUGAUAGAGAUUGCGAGAUGCGCAAGCAAUGAGAUAGACUGGGAGCUCAAGUACCUCAUGAUGGUCCUCCUGAUGACAUUGGGUUGACAUACUCAUUCGUGAGUGUCCAGUAGUCCUUGUCAGGUACGGCCCAGACCCAGCCAAUCACACUUUCAGCAUUUCGCAUCAAGCAUAGUUUACAAAGCACGUGGGGUGUGUGAGACAUCAAUGGCAUAUGAUUUUCGCAUUAUCGCAUUGGAUGCAUGUAUAGUUUGUUAUUCUGUGCUGGACAUGAGCAGUCCACGCUGUCUUAUAACAUGUCCGGGUGGUGACGCAACAUCGCAGUACAACAGCC